GCUGUGGAAGGCACUCCGGUGGGAGUUAAGAGUUCUGCAGGCCCCUCCCCCAGCUCCCCAGGGCUGUCCACUGCUUCCUCUUCAGCUCAUCAGCCUGGCCCACUGAGACCUGCACUCUUAGGUCCUGCUGGCUCGUGGACACACAGAGCAGCAAUGCACACAAUCAAUCGCCAUGGUCAGGCUGGGGAGGGACCUUGGGAGCCUCCCUCAGGGUUGGUUCGGGGUGUUGGGCUGAGCGCUGACCAUGGCAGGCCCUGCUGGCCACUCUGUGGUCCCCAGGGCCUGUGGAGAUGAGUUGGGCAGCAGCUCAGCUUCUCACAGCUUCUACUUCAGGCUGGACCAGCCCCCAGGAGGAGGAGGUGGGCCCUGGUCUGGGGUCUCCCCAGAGGCUCCUGGUAACAAACAGCCCCUCCCCUUCUGGGUGCUGGUAUCCAUGGCAACGCCAUAGAGCCUUUCUCUCCCCAGGCCUGCCUGGAUUUCAAGCUUCAGCUGGCACACCUGCAGACCUGGUGACUCCCACAUACCUGAAGGACACCAAGCCAAGCUCCACACCAGCAGUCUCCAUCAACCUGCAGCUGUCCCCUGAGGGCCUGGACCCCCACACCCUGCGGCUGCUGUGGAGGCAGCGGGAGCUGGAGAUCCAGGCCCUGCGGUGUGCCCUCCAGAACUGCCGGGAUGCCCGGCAUGGCCACAUCCUGCAGGAGGUGGCUGGACUUCCACUCGAGAGGAGCUCUUGUGGUCAGGAAAAGCUCCUGCAGAUCCAGGUCCAGAAGCUGACUGUGGAGCUAAAGGAACAGAAGAAACAGGCCCAGCUGGAGAAGGAGCAUUUGGAGAAGCAGUUGCUGCAAACCAGCACCGUGCUCCAGCAGCGGGAGGCUGAGCUGCAGGCCCUGCACAAGUCUUGCCUCCUGCAUCUGGCUCGCUCUUCCUGGCUGGGCCGUAUGCUGCGGUCGUCUACUGGCAGCGUGGAGGUGGUGACUGCAGAGACCCUAAUGGACCUCAGUGACCUAUCUGAGAGUGAUGAGGUUUCCUCUGCUUGGGAGGGUUUCCGGCUGGAGGAUGUGGACUGGAACAGCAUCGCCCAUCGAUACCCCAAUCUCUUGACUGACAUCAAGUUGACCUUGGAUCACAGGAACCCUGGGCCAUGGCUGCCCCCAGAACUCCCACCAGCCUCACCACCGGACGACCAGGGCUCAGAGCUGUGCACACAACACAUGGAGCGGCAUCUCAAGAAUGUGGAGUGGAGCUCUCUGCCCUUGGGGGGCACCAGCAGCUUGGGGGACACCAGCAGCUCGGGGGGCGCCGACUCUGACUCUAGCAACCCCCAGCGGGACAUGAGGUUUCCAGUGCAUGUGACAAGGCACCCGCCCUGGGCACCAGGACAUGCUUCUGAGCAGACAGAGUCGCAGGCCAGGAGCUUCCACAGGGGCUCACAGGCAGAGCCUGCAGGCCUCCUCUCCCUGGAUCUCCCGGAAACCCACUCAGAGGGCCUGGGCAAGACCGUCCUGGUGCCCAGGUUCUGUGCAACUCCAGACCACCGGCAGCCUGGGCACCGAUGGAGCCAGACGAGCUCCUGCCUGAAGAUCGUGGCCGUGAGCUGUCGCAAGAGGUUCGUCCGCAUCCUCAACGAGUCGCAGGAGGAGACCGCUGACCUGGGUGGCUUCACACUGCAGCAGCUCUCCUGCCACUUCCCCGUGCGCAUGUACCGCUUCCCACCCCACACGCUGCUGGCGCCGCGGCACCACGUCACGAUAUGGGGCGAGGGACCUGACAGCACCAAGAAACAGCCGCCGUCGUCCCUGGCCCAGGAGCCUAUCUACUUCCACUCCAACCGGGGCUGCGUGACUCUCCUCCUGAGCCCCAAGGGCGAAGUCCUCAGCGAGCACCAGGCCCCGCACUGCGUGACCCCCGUCUCGAAGAUCUUCGACGACAAUACCGACUUGUCUAUUGACCGCUACCCGCUCCCAGACGCCCGGCCCGGGGCCAACAACAUCUGCGAGCAGCGGCGCGCGUCCCGAGCCCCGCCCCACGGCCAGGACGCGGGCCCUGUUGCCGCGCCUGAGCACCAGCAAGCUCUUCUACCCGCCGGAGGUGCCAGCGCGGCCCGCGAGCGCAGAGACCCACGCGCGGAAACUCCUGCCCGCGGUCCCCCAGCGCCGGCUGGGCAUCACCGACCGCCAGGCCAAGAAGGAGCACAGGCUUCGGGUGUGCAGGAAGAGCGUGAACCGGGGUUGCCCGAUGGUGGCGCUGUCGGUCCAGAGCACGGCCGAGAGCAGAUUCGGUUUCCGCUUCCUCAGCUGCCCGCCCAUCACCGGGGACGCGAGCGGGCGGGUGUAGGGCCACGGUAGGGCGGGCAAUUCUGGCGCCUGCGCUCACCGGC